UCCACAAAAUGGCGACCUCCUUGCCAAUGCGCUAGCAUAGCAUGUGUAUCGCUUUGCGAACCGGUGAGUGCACUUGCUGGGCUGGUAUGAAUGCUCUGUGGUGAAAAGACGUAGGGCGACUGAAGUUCAAGAACCCCGCUUGAUUUCCACUUGUGAAUUUUGACCGAACAUGUUCGCUGCGUGCCGGAAUUCGUUCCUGUACUCGCCGAAGCUCUCGGCGAGUACCCUUCGUUACUGCGCCGGUUCCUCGUCGGAAUCCUCAUUCAACGCGACAACGAAGAGCGCAAGUGUGAGAGCACUUACUCAAGAAGAGAUCGACAGAAAGCGCGACGUGUCCCGCAUUGUCCCGCGAAAGUACUCCCGGGGCGUCAAGCUGGAGUACACUUUUCCCGAGUUCGAGUACGAAUAUAGGAUCGCCUUCAUGCGCAAGGACUAUGCCAAGUUCGGUCGCGCCACGGGCAUCAACCCGGGAUUAAUGUGGCCUUCCAAGGAAGAGCUACAGGACCUGGUGCACAUCGAAAACAAGUUCUACCCUACGCUUCAAGAGCUGUGGGACCAAGACCGCGCCAAGCAUAAGGCCGAGACGGAGGCGCGUCGACAGAGGGAAGAUGAGGUCGAGAAAAACAUGGCCAAGUUGGCUGACGCGAGGAUCGCCAUGCUGGAGCGUGACGCCAAGAAGAAGGCCAAGGCCGAGGAAGAUCGACGGCACCGCGAGCAGAUGAUACUGGAGGUACGCGAGUACAUCGGCUACAACGUAGAGCCUUCCGAUCCCAAGUUCAAAGAGGUGAUGGCCAUGAAGGAGGAAGAGAGGAAACAAGCGGCCAAGGAGGCCCGUAAGAAGGCCAAACAGGAAAAAAUGUUAGCCAAGCUCAUGGCUGUAGGAGCUACGGACAGCCCCGAGAACAAGGCUGCCUCGGAUAAAGACGACGAGACGCAGGGAAGCGAACCCGCCGAGAAAGACUCGUAGGAUUGUUACCCUGUGGUGAUAGAUUAAUAAAGUGCAAUUAACGAUUAACUCA